AUGGCAUACUCAAACAAUCAUCACAGGGGCAACUGGGCUCCUGGAUACAACGAAGGGUUUCAUCCGUAUAGCGCCUCGAGAGGCUCAGGACACAGGUAUGAUCAGAGAGGUUAUGGCCGAGGUCAUCCGCGCGAAGGCACAGGCAAACCACCACAGUAUAGUGCGCAGUAUAGUGAUACAUACGGACCUCAGAAUGAGUAUGCCGGGUACGAUCAGAAUCCAUGGUACGAUGAUGCAAAUUCCUCUGGUGGGAAUUACGAAGCGCAUGAUGACGGCCGCUGGAGAAGCCAAGACGAGGUGGAAUAUCCUGCCCAGUCUCGCCAGAAACCAAUUUGGUCACAUGAGGAAAGGACGCAGACUACGAAUGGGUGGAGACAACCGGAAAUAAGACCUACAGCCUCUAUAAACGUUGUUUCUCAACAGGAUGGCUUUUACAAUCAAUCCUUUCAAUAUUCUCAAAGUUCUGCGCCGGAGAGCAGAGGUGGAAAAGUCCAAGGUUUCCCAAAAGUACCGCAAGUUCGACAACCUGAUGGUGGCUACGAGGAAUAUCAGAAUCGCGUAAGACCCGGGCAUGUCACUCACGACACGCAAAGCCAGGCACAGGCUCAGAACAUGCACUUGAAUGUGGAAGCAGACACCCUCCCUAGGUACUUGAAUGGGGGCUCGAACCAUUCUCACAACGAAGGACAUGAUGAUCUGUAUGACGGGCGUCAUCAUGAUGUUGACAGUCAUGUAAAAUCGUCAGCUACACGACAAAGAGGUCUACAGACAAGAUCUAACGACCGCGGCGCCAGCUUUCCACGACGAGAUGCGAGCCGAAUGCCAGAAGACAAGAAAUCGCCAGAGACCCUUUCUUGGGAUAAUCCUUUCCCUAAUUUUCCUAGUAAAUCAUCGACUAAUCAAGGCGAGCUCAGCAACGGGCGCUCGCUUGCAAGAAACGCCGGUUCAGAAGAUCAGAGCGCGAUGAAUAGAAAUCAAGAUGGAUUGAGACCAUCGCCAGGCGCAAACAUGUCACCACCCAAUAGCUACGAGCGGAGUAGAGCCAUGCCGUCAGCUUUGUCAGAGGCCGUCCCAGAGUCUGGUUUGAUACUUGCCGAUGACUCUACAACAUGGCAAGAACCUGGCGCUGUUUCUGGCUAUUACGGUCCCCAGGAUCACCACAAUCUACCGGAUAGAACCGUUCCCAAUGUUGCAAGGCCACGCGCACCUUCCAGAUCCCAAUCUGAUGGUCUGUACAAUGGAAAUAUGAACAGGGUCAGGCGCGUGGAGACCCACAGUCCAAACCAGGAUCGCAUUCCUCAGGCCAGUCAGGGCGUAAUCCAAGACACCUAUCAAGAUGAACUACCAAAGGCACACGUACCUUAUCAGCAGAAUCAACAUCGACCGAGACCCUCUCCCAUUGACGAAGAUCUACCUAACUUUGAAGCCGUGUCAGAAAGAGGAGUUCAGCAGCCAACAGUCAAUCCUGACGAGCACUUUCACUCAUCGAGAAGACUAGAACAGCCACCUUUUAUGUCAGCUCAUGAGAUUUCGCACCGUCCUUAUAAACAAGGUGGCUUCCAGCAAGAACAGUAUCCUUCUCGUAGCAGAUCUCAACCCGAUUUUAUGGAAGGACCGCCAUUAGGAAGGCGAAAUCGUGAUUUGAACUCUCCGUUGGAAGGGCAGCCCGACAGAAGACCUGCAACAAGCGCCUCAUCACGAAAUGAGCUUGCAGGAGAUUUUCGUCCUCCCCCAGGUCAUUCGGGCCGUGGAUCGCCAGGGACAUUUGCACCAGCACCAGGCCCCGCAACAGGCCCAGCAUUUGGCUAUGAUCGACGUCCACCGCUAAAGGCUUUAGAGCCGCAGCGUCCAAAUUAUGGUGCGUCGCAGCCUGAUCGACAUAAUCCUCCAUCUGUGCCAAAUCGAGGAGACAUGUCUGCAGACUUUGCAGCACGUGACCAGAUAAGGGGCUCAGAUGCUCGACGAUACAAACAAAAUCUGCGACAGCCAGACCGACGGCGCUCACCAAUAAAAGAUGAAAGGAAUCCAGGUGUCAGUGGUCACCGAACGAGUAGUGAAUCAGUGCCAGUGACGGCAAGACAGCGACAUCCUUCGCUCGACAAACCCUUACCCAGCAACCCUGACGCAUUGCCUCAUCAUCCUGGACCUGUGAAAUCUGGCCUAGAUGGCGGACAGUUGUCCGGCCAUUUAGCUAGACCUGUUCCAGUGAGACAAUACGAUUCAGCUCCUGCUGAUCCAAUUCAGCAAUCUGCCGGGCUAAAUGAGAAGAAAGGAUCCGGCAAGGUAACGCUGCACGAGCUUGAGGAUUUGAGGCAAAAGACGCAUAGAAACCCAAAUGACUCUGCCAUGCAAUUGGUUCUGGCUCAGAAGCUUGUGGAAGCUGCUGAGGUGCUCGUGGACGACCGCGCGGAUCUCAAUACAAAGAAACGAAACCGAGACCGAUAUCAAUCGGACGCUCUGAGAAUUGUUAAGAAGCUCUCUGCCGUUAGCUAUGCGGAUGCAGACUUCUACUACGGUGAUUGCUACAGCCGGGGCGCCCUCGGCCUGCAACCCGAUAUCAGGGAAGCUUUCGUGCUGUAUCAGAAGGCUGCUAAGGCGAAUCACGCACAAGCAGCCUACAGGGUUGCUGUUUGCUGCGAGCUCGGACAAGAAGAGGGUGGAGGCACAAAACGUGAUGCUGUCAAAGCCAUGCAAUGGUACCGGCGAGCAGCAGCUCUGGGUGACGUGGCCGCAAUGUACAAGUUGGGAGUGAUAUUAUUAAAAGGACUCUUGGGUCAACCAAGAAACCCCUCGGAAGGCAUUUCUUUUCUGAAACAAGCUGCUGACCGAGCAGACAAAGAGAAUCCGCACGCUCUCCACGAGCUAGCAUUACUGCACGAAAAGUCGACAGGCACUGACAGCAUCAGACAAGACGAAGCAUAUUCUCGCCAAUUGUUCACUCAAGCAGCCAAUCUCGGCUACAAAUUCUCCCAGUUCCGUCUUGGCUGCGCCUACGAAUAUGGUGCUUUGAGCUGUCCCGUAGAUCCUCGCCAGAGCAUCGCAUGGUACAGCAAAGCCGCAGUCCAGGAGGAACACCAAAGUGAACUUGCUCUGAGUGGCUGGUAUCUCACAGGAUCGGACGGCAUCUUGCAGCAAAGCGACACUGAGGCUUACUUGUGGGCACGAAAGGCUGCUCAAGCUGGCUUGGCAAAGGCAGAGUACGCAAUGGGAUACUUCACUGAGGUCGGUAUUGGAGCCCCCGCGAAUUUAGAGGACGCUAAACGAUGGUAUUGGAAAUCUGCCUCACAAAACUUCCCUAAGGCUAGGGAUCGUCUAGAAGAUCUCAGGAAGGGUGGUGGUCCGAAACAGAAAGCGAGAGUAUCGCGCUCCAACAUGCGCAAGCAAUCAGACGGUGAGUGUACCGUCAUGUAA